AUGGCCGACUCCACACCAGACGAACGCUGCCCCUUCCUCGAGCUCGCUCAGGAGACGCGUGACGCCAUCUACGACAUGGUCUUCGAAGAUUGCCCACCGAAACUCUCUCGCAACGUCCGCAAGCCUCUGUCAACUGCGUGCGCGCUCAUCCGUGUAAGUAGCCCCAUCUGAAGCGCUACUGUCUUUAGCUUCGACUCGUGACUAAUGGAAGCAGGUCAACAAGCAGAUCCACGCUGAGCUCGUCGACCGCAUUCAGUAUGGCACCACGCCCCUCCACACCGAAGUCAUCAAUUACAACUUCGCCCACAUCGUACGUACUCUCCUUCGCAAGUGGCUCGCACCAACAGCUAAGAUGUCUUUAGGUCACCUUCCUCAACCGCAUCCCCGACCCUCAGCUAAAGAAGUUGACGCCCAAGAAAGACGAGGCCGAUAAGCAGAAGAAGCGCUCUCUCGUAAUCACCCUCUCUUUCUGCAACGACAUGGCCCUCCCUGACAAUGGCCUCACCCGUUGGCUCAACCGUGUCGCCGAUCCCGACAAGCGAGGCACGGACAUUGAGAUCCACUACUCCGUCGGCACGAACAACAGCUCGGAACACUGGGAUUACGACCAGGUACGCCGGGCUUUCAUGUGUUACAGAAUAGGCUCGGACGAGUGGGAAGAAUGCGAGAGGAUCGCGGCGAAGUUGGGGCCAUACCCAGGGCAGGCCGCUGCGUUGAAAGUGUUCGAAGAUCUCAGGAUGGCGUUCCCCCUGUGGUUCAAGAAGACUUAG